CGCGUCUUUAAGGGACGCGUCUCCUCGGCUCGCGGGCUUCAAGCGAACGAGGUCUUGUCCGCGCGCGACGCCGUCACAGACACGAGACUCUCUCUCUCCUUACUCGCUCUCUCACACUCCCUCGCUCUCUCCUUCCCCUCUCUCUCUCUCUCUCUCUCUCUCUCUCUCUCUCUCUCUCUCUCUCUCUCUCUCUCUCUCUCUCUCUCUCUCUCUCUCUCUCUCGCUCUCUCGCUCUCUCUCUCUCACGCGUCUCUCUCGCGCUCCGUCUUCACUGCUCCUCCGCUGCGCGUCACGGCACCCGGAGAAGAACGUCUCUCCGGUGUCCGGUCCCACGGAAGCGCUCGUGCCUCUCGGUUCUUCUUCGUCUCCACGCCGACGGGGAUUUUUUUUGGUGGAAAGCCACCGCUGAUACCGCGGACCGCCGAGGCAACACACCACCCCCACACACACCUUCACACCCCUCAAAAGCCGCCCCCCAUCCCCUUCCCUCCCCUUCUCUACGAGGACCCCUCCGGCCUGACCGGGGCCCCGCCAUGCCCCAAUAGGUGCCCCACGUGAUGCCUGACAAUGACGGCGACCGCCUCCUGAGCAGACAGAGCAAGCGGCGCCGCGUCGACAUCGGGGUGAAGCGCACGACGACGGCGUUUACCGGUGCCCGGGAGUCCCUCGUCCUCUUCAACGUCAUGAGCCAAUCGCACAUGUCCUCCGAGCAAGACGCUGCAAACACUGCUGCCGCCGCGGUGGCUAACGGCGAGGCGGACAAGUCGAACGUACUCCGGAAGCUUCUGAAGAGGCACAACUCGUACGAGGACGCCAUGAUGGCGUUCCCGGGGGCGACCAUCAUCUCCCAGCUGCUGAAGAACAACAUGGGGAAGAACGGCGGUAACGACUCCGGCUUCCAGGGCAGCGGGACCCUCUCCAGCGGGGGGUCCGAGACCCAGAAUGACGACGUCUGCUCCAACCCCUCGUCCCAGGAACCGGACAGCCCGUCACGCUGCCUCUCUCUCUCCCCCUCCCUCGCCCCUCCUCUCUCCUCCUCCUCCUCCGCCUUCCCUCUCCCGGCUCCGCCCCCUCCUCCCGCUCCGGCCCCGGCAUUGGCUCCGCCCCUCUGCGUCUUCGACCUUGAGAGGUUGUCGGACGAGCACCUGCGCGCCAAGCGAGCGCGAGUCGAAAACAUCAUCAGGGGCAUGAGCCACUCCCCGCUAGUGGCGGCUCGCUCUGGUGGUCCCCACGAGGAUGGCGGCAGGGGAGGCGGAGGAGGCGGUAACCAUGGCAGCCAUAGCAUCAACAACGGAGGAGGAGGCGGCGGCAUCGGAGGCGGGAACUUCGUCUCCGCCUUGCUGCGUUCUCCCGGGUCGCGACUGACCGGAGUCGGAAUUGGAGGAGGUGGAGGAGGAGGAGGAGGAGCAGGAGGAGGAGGAGGAGCAGGAGGGGGAGGAGGAUCAGGAGGAGCAGGAGGAGAGGGAUACCGGGAGAACAAGCGGAAGCAACGCCUGCCCCAGCAGCAGCAACAGCAGCAGAGCUUCAGCCAGCUGGUUUGCUCUCGCCAGGAGCUCAGACAGGAGGAGAGACGGCAGCUCAAGCUGCAGCUGGAGGACAUGCAGAAACAGCUGCGCCAGCUGCAGGAGAAGUUCUACCAGAUCUACGACUCGGAGACAGAGGAGGAGGAGCACGAGGAGAACGAGGAGCGCCCGGGGAGCCGGGUGGGAGCUGGAGGAGGAGGAGGAGGAGGAGGCGUGGCCGAGGACGACGGCAAUCUCUCCGAAGCAGACAGCCUCCGAUCGGACGGACUGGAGGAGCGUCGCCAUGGCCAAAGCCACAGCCUCAGCAGCCGUCGCCACGAUGAUCAGCCUGACAACCGAGGGGCGGAGCUUGACCCCGGCGUGUUUCUGGACCGCGCCCGCGCCAUCCUGAGGGGGAGGGCCCUAAUUGGCCCCGGGGUGCCGGACGGGAUGGAGAUGGAGAUGAUGAUGGAGAUGGAGGAGGAGGAGGAGGAGGAGGAGCUUGAGUACGAGGCCGCCGAAGAGGAGCGGAGCCCGAGGAAGAGGAGGGCGGCAGCCUCAGGAGGAGGAGGAGGAGGAGGUGGUGGGGGGGGGAGGCACCUAGCGGAGACCCUCAAGCAGGAGCUGAGCUGCGCCGUGUCGCAGGUGGUGGACAGCGUGGUCAAGCGGGCCCAGGGGGGGGGCGGGCGGCACGGUUGCCACGGCAACACGCCCACCUCCUCGGUCACGCCCUCAACGGCAACGGCAGCGCACACCCUGUCCCAGCAGCCACCACCACCGCCUCCCUCUCGCUCCUCCCACUCCUCCAUGUCCAACUCCUCCCCUUCCUGCGGCGGCGGAGGAGGGGCGGGGCUCUACGGCCCGCUCGCCGCCAUUGCGCCCGAGCUGCGAUUCGCCGGCGCUCUCGGCCUGGCCCUCAACGGGGGGGGGGGCGACCUCAGCCCCUCCCCCCGCCCACCCGGCGGCGGCUACCACCCCUCGUCCAAUCAGAGGCUGCACUGCUUCGGCGGCGCCGACACCCACCUCAUGCCGCUAGACUCCUCCCCCUUCGGCAUGGCUCCGCCCCCGAACGACCAGACGGAGGCGCUAUCACUGGUGGUGCGAAAGGGCGGAGUCGCCACAGACCACGCCCCCUCCCUGGCCCCCCCCCCCCAGCAACAAGCCCUGCCUCUCCCCCACCACCAAAACCACCCCGCCUCGCUUCACCAAUCCGCGCUCUCCGCCUCGCUCGGCUUUGGCCCCGCCUCCUUCCGCCACCCAUUCCCCCUCCCCCUCAUGGGGUACCCCUUUCAGGGGCCCCUCGGAGUGGGUGGGCCCCAUCACCAUGGCUACCCGGGCCCCAAAGAACACCACAUGAGGACCUCCCCCGACGCCAUCGACCUCGUCCGCGAGACCGUCAGCCUGAGAUCCAAGAUGGCGGGAAUGAGCGGAGGCCAUCUUAACCACCAUCACCACCACCAUCAUCACAGGCAACAGCAGGGCUCCGGCUCCUCCCCUUCUGGUCACCAUGGCAACCAGGAGGGGCUGUCGUUGGCGCUUAUCAAGUCCGAGUGCGGAGACCUCCAGGAUCUGGCCGACAUCUCACCCUACUCCGGGAGUACCAUCCAGGAAGGACUCUCUCCCAACCAUCUGAAGAAGGCCAAGCUCAUGUUCUUCUACACCCGGUACCCCUCCUCCAACAUGCUCAAGAUGUUCUUCUCCGAUGUCAAGUUCAACCGGUGCAUCACCUCCCAGCUGAUCAAGUGGUUCUCCAACUUCCGGGAGUUCUACUACAUCCAGAUGGAGAAGUUUGCCCGGCAGGCCAUCAAUGAGGGCGUGGCCUCGGCGGACGAGCUCAGCAUCAGCCGCGACGCUGAGCUGUACCGCGCGCUGAACAUGCACUACAACAAGGCCAACGACUUCCAGGUCCCGGAGCGGUUCCUGGAGGUGGCCCAGGUGACCCUGAGGGAGUUCUUCCUGGCCAUCGUGGCGGGGAAGGACGUGGACCCGUCCUGGAAGAAGGCCAUCUACAAGGUUAUCUGCAAGCUGGACAGCGACGUUCCGGACGUCUUCAAGAGCCCCGGCUGCCUGCAGGAGCUGCUGCGCGACUGACUGAGCCCCCUCCCCCCGCACGACUGGCUCCGCCCCCAACAGACUGAACCCGCCCCCCGCAAGACUGUAGAAUCGCUCCCCGAACGACAGGCCCCGCACCCCUCAUCACAUGACCUCGAGGAGAAGGCUCUGAACAUUGUCAUGUGACUACAAUAAGGACGCUUUGAAUGAGGUCAUUUGACCACGGGGAGGAGGAGUUAAAUCUGGUCAUGUGACAACAGAGGGGCGGAGAUAACUCUGGUCAUGUGACUAAGAGGAAGUGGCACCGGACAUUGUCAUGUGAGUACGAGGAGACGUUGCCCACUGUGAUCAUGUGACUAAGGGGAGGCGUUGCCCAUUGUGGUCAUGUGACUAAUAAGAGGCGGAGCCCACCAUGGUCAUGUGACAAAGAAGAUGAGAGGAUGGAGGAGGAAGAGGAGGGGGAGGUGGAGAGACUGACAGAGGUAGUUUGGUGAUGAUGAUGAGGAAAAGGUCCCUCAUGUGACCCCAAUGAGGAGGAAGAGGAGGAGGAGGUGGAGGAGGUGGCGGUGGAUGUGAGAAGGUGGGGAGAACUGUCCUCCCCCUAUCCACCACCACAAUCUAACCCAGCACCACCCCCAGCCUCACAUCAGCUACUGAGCAAGGUUAUUCGACGAUGAUGAUGAUGAUGAUGAUGAUGAUGAUGAUGAUAACCUCACUCCCCCCCUCCCCCAUCUCCCUCUAAAAAAAAAAAAGAAGAUAUUAUCAAAAGACUAUUAUAGACGUCGGAUCCAACGGCUGCACGGUGAUUUGUGACAUCAUCAACGAGGGACGGAUCCUUCCCGAUGUCGGACUGUGUGGGCGUUAGCUAUAAACAACGGCAACAAAUAUGUUCAGCAAAAGGUUUUUUGAACUGAGAAUAACGAACGUUACAACUUCUCUCCUGGAAAUUGUCUCUCCCUGAACAGAGCAGUUCCGAACAAUUUUCUGACCCCGGCGGGAGAAAUAUGCACUAACGGACGUGGCCGGACAUUUAUGAGAAAUCAACGUUGACUGAAAAACGUAUGUCUCUCCCGGAACCGUCUCUGAACAGAAUAGUUCCAAACUUUUUUCCCGAACCGGACGGGAAAAAAUGCACUCGGACGCAGAUGUGAAAUCGACGGCGACCGACAAAGACAGACGGUAAAAACAUUUCCCUACCGUUUUGCAUCCGAUAAGAGGAAAAAGGAAAUAUGCUUAUUAUCCCCCAACGCUGGACAAAAGAGACACAAGGAUGACAAAAAAGAAGAUAAUAUAUUCAAAUGUUUUUAUCGUUGAUGUUUUUCGGUUUGCAGCACUGAUAUUCUUUUUUUUUCCGAUCUUCUCAAGUGAUGUUUACGAUUUCUCUCUUUCUAUACAGUGGGUGGAUACUUUGUUCACCUGGGAACGCACACACACACACAAACACACACAGGGGCACACACACACAGGGGCGCACACACACACUUUCUCUAGAAUAGAAAAAGCACAGUUGCAUUCCGAAUUUUUCACGUUUGACCUGCACCUAGGAAUUCUGGGCAAAAAAAUAUAAUUCUUUCUUCUUCUUGUGAUGUGAGGCUGGUGUUUGUGUUAAAUGCUCACCCACCCACGGAACCAUCCCCCCAAGCCCCCCCCCCCCCCCCCACACACACACUCACACAUCACCAACACCACCACCACCCCAUCUCACCCUCAACAAGGUGCAGGAACUUCCAGUAAGACCAAACUCUGUCAGACUUAGUGUGGGUUCAAAUGAAACACUUGUGUUAAAAAACAAGGAUAAGGAGGUUAUGAAAAAAUAUGGAGAGAUUCUGAUAUUGUCCGAUAUUUUAUCGUGAAAUAUCUUCGAGAUGUUUCGAUCUUCGUAACGUGUAUUACAUACACAAAAUCCAUCGGAGAGCAACACUUUUCUGGGUUUAUCUGUGUUUAUUUGCUAAUAUAUGUAUCUUUAAGAGGGAUAGGAUAGCGCACAUAUAUAGGGUAUAAGUAAUUUAAGUUACGGAUUACUAUGUGUUUUCACAGCUAAAACAGAGCAUUUUCUGUGUUUGUUUGUAUUCGCAAAAAAAACAAAAACUUUUAUGUUUUUCAAACAUUAGCACGUUGACGUUAACAGAUGUGAAGCAACCCGAUCAGCUCCCAAUCUUUCUCCCAUCGGCUCUUAAAGGAGUCCUCUAAUUAAACGCGGUUCUAUAGUGUAUCUCCAGUGGAUUCUAUGUAGUGACUGGAGCGACCGGAGUAACAAUGCACGUAAACUUCGGAAUAAAAACAUUGGGUUCAGAGAAUUACCAACGAAUGACAACAACAACAUUUGAAGUACCGGAAUACUAUCCCAGCAUCUGACCCCAUAUGUCUUGCGUGAAUUGUGUGUUUUUAGAUAUACUUUCGGAAAGCAGGAGUACGACAUUUAAAAAAGAAAAAAGCGAUAAAUAACACAAUGCUGUUUUAUUAUAUUUUUUUCUUGGCUUGUAUAGUUGUUUCCUCUGAUAUUAUUAUUUAUAACUGAGAUGAUGAUGUUGAUGUUAUUCUGGUGGGGAAAGCCGGUCAUUGUUAAUGCUUGCUAUGGACUUCACCGGUGGGGUGAUCUGCUGUUAAUUCACCACGUGACAACUUGAAAUAAAUUAUUCUUUGAAGGAAUCUG